AUGGCCGCGGCCAUCGCCAGCGGCUUGAUCCGCCAGAAGCGGCAGGCGCGGGAGCAGCACUGGGACCGGCCGUCUGCCAGCAGGAGGCGGAGCAGCCCCAGCAAGAACCGCGGGCUCUGCAACGGCAACCUGGUGGAUAUCUUCUCCAAAGUGCGCAUCUUCGGCCUCAAGAAGCGCAGGUUGCGGCGCCAAGAUCCUCAGCUCAAGGGUAUAGUGACCAGGUUAUAUUGCAGGCAAGGCUACUACUUGCAAAUGCACCCCGAUGGAGCUCUCGAUGGAACCAAGGAUGACAGCACUAAUUCUACUCUGUUCAACCUCAUUCCAGUGGGGCUGCGUGUGGUUGCCAUCCAGGGAGUGAAGACAGGGUUGUAUAUAGCCAUGAAUGGAGAAGGUUACCUCUACCCAUCAGAACUUUUUACCCCCGAAUGCAAGUUUAAAGAAUCUGUUUUUGAAAACUAUUACGUAAUCUACUCAUCUAUGCUAUACAGACAACAGGAAUCUGGUAGAGCCUGGUUUUUGGGAUUGAAUAAGGAAGGUCAAGUUAUGAAAGGAAACAGAGUAAAGAAAACCAAACCAGCAGCUCAUUUUCUACCCAAGCCAUUGGAAGUUGCCAUGUACCGAGAACCAUCCUUGCAUGACGUCGGAGAAACGGUCCCGAAGGCCGGGGUGACGCCGAGUAAAAGCACAAGCGCGUCCGCGAUCAUGAAUGGAGGCAAACCAGUCAACAAAAGUAAGACGACAUAGCCAGAUCCUCACAGGUGUUGUGACUUUCUCGCCCCGAGCACCGUUGAGUGAUUUCUCCUUGCCAGACAUUGCUGCUCCCGCGGCGGAGGAGCAGCCGGAGGUGAGCACAGGCUUGCUCCCUGCUGCCCCGAACUUCUUGGUUGCGAGUGGAUAAAUCUCAACGCGUCGCGCCCCCCCACAACAAGAAGACACCUGGACAACCAGCUCAACUCAGACCAUGGAAUGCCCUACCAGAUAUGGAAUGCCUUUUUAAUAUCUUUUCUGUGACUGUGACACUUCAUGUGAAUGACAUAUUUCACAAGUACACUUGAUACCUUGCCUGCUGACAGCUACCCAUAUUCCUUUUUGAGUCCUGUUUCGGCGAAAUCCAUGUGUUUUAAGUUCGAUUUUGUAGCACCCAGAUACUCUUGAGUAAUUUCUAGUUAGAUGCUGUAAACCUGUGCUAUUAUGGAUUUCUCUUCUCCCCGUUUUUACAGGGCUGCUGGCUCCACUGUCUGUGACCUUUUGCAGGGAUCGUGUUCCUCUAACUCUUACCUGUCGCGGUUGGCUUGGUUCGGAGAGCGAUCAGGGAAACAGAAAGCCUUCCAAACCUAGAAUUCCAAAUUGCAUCUAGAAAGAUUCCGAGGGUUGUCUCUGGCUCACACUAUUGAUUAAACACACAUAUACGCUCUAUCCAGUAGCAGAUACAGGGCCCCAGGGGCCGGCAUGGCCGGGGCGACACACGGGGUCAAACCCAGUCAUGGGACGUGACCUGUGAGCUGAGUUUGGCACCCGCCUCUCGUUCCUUUGUGUGUGUGUGUGUGUUUUAUACAUAUCACAAGCUUACUGGUAAUGGUAACAUUUGCCUUGCCCAGCGAGCAAGACCCACUGGUUUUUGAGAAAAGUGGGUCCAAAGAACUCUGUAGGCCUUGUAGGCCUGAUUAAGGUUCAUUUUCAUCUAUGAAAUCCUCAUUAUUUGGAAAAAAGGGGAAAAAAAAAAGAAAAAUCAGUAAUUACAACCUACAAGAAUUGCGCUCCCUAAAUCCAUCUCAGAUCAUAUCCUUCCCGUUUUUAAUGAACCCAACUUAAUGCCAUCCCCGGGUUUGGCUGUGUUCCACUCAUACUCAGCAGAGCAUGGGCAAGGCGGCUGUUGUGUUCUUUUCUCAGCAGCGAUGCAAACGUUAGUUAUAAAUUAGACUUUAAUAUUUUUUGGUGUUUAACGACAAGUUUUUAAACUGGACAUAUUAGGAAAAAACUACUUUUUUUUAGCUCAGCAUGCUGAGUCAGGUACUGUGUAUUUCACCAGUCCAUACCUCUAACCCAGCUUCUUGGGCCCCUGUGGCCCGAUGGCUGACUUAGAGGUGCCUUGCCAUGAUCUCAGAAUGCAGUCUGUUGAAUUAUUCUAGAUACAAAUAAAGGCAAACCACCACAUUCAAACAUCAGGUGUGCGGUCCAUCUGAUUUUUUUCCCCCCUUCUGUCUUAUUUUGCUUUCUUCACUUUUGAAUUUAAUGCUGCUGAAGUCUGAGCUUAGGGAAGACAACGACUAAGAAAGGCCAUGACUCGUUGAUUACACAGUGAAGAAACCAUGCAAAAUGUUCAGGAUUGGAUAUAGCGUUUCAAAAUGUUCAGUACAAAACUGUUUGGAAAUUUAUGUGUUAACUCUGUGGAUACUCAAUACCUUUCAGUGUUUUCUCCUCAGAAGAGUUCAUGGAGACCAAACUGAACCUCAUUUAUAGAAAACUCUGUGUAGGAUCAAUGUACUGGCCUCUUGCUACUGUUUCCACGUGGAAGGAUGACCCGGUCGCCAUCUUCCCCCAUCUGCACUGUAUUUACUGGGAAAUUAUUUUGUCACUGCUUUCCUAGGUCUCCAUGACAGCCCUUGCCCAGCAUUUAAAAAUUUUGGCCUGCUUAGCUGAUUAAAGAUUUACUAUCCAUUUACCUGUUUAUGCUUAUUUCAUUUUCAUAUUGAAUUCCACUUUAAUAAAUAAAAAGUUAGCAUAACAUUUGAGUAGAUUUACUGUCGACAAUGCUAAAGGACAAAUCCAACAAAAAUGAUUCUUUUGACCUCUCACCAUUUUAAAGCCUAUUAUUUUUUAACAGGCUAAGUUAGAUGGAUUUCAUUAACCAAUUGUUUAGGGAAAACAUGUAAUCCGUCAUCUAUGGCAAACUCUGAAUAACAACUUGAAAUUCCAAUUAGGCAGCCUUGGACAUCGCUUAUCCCAACACACACACACACACACACACACACACACCCCACACCCCUACCUAUAUGUUUUGGGGAAUCAGCCCUACUUGCUGGUUUCUUUUUCUCCUGCAAGCUUGUUUAUCGGUUAAAAUUCCCAGAUUUAUUUUUGUAAAUGAUGGCUACUUCAGUAAACAUGUAGCUCUGUUUGUUUUCUACAUGAGUUGUCUAUAAGGGCAUUUAUCCCUAUGAAUGGAUGUCAAAAUGCUUUCUUCUAAUAUAUGUUUAGACAUAGUGCUGAGGGGUCCUUGUUAUUUGUGAUUUAGUUAGAUCAUUCCCUCUGUGUCUGGUCUGACCUGUCACAUGGAAUGAGGGCAGCGCUGAUGAACUGCAUGUCAUAGGACCUGUGUAGUAAGACCUGUUGGCGUGUAUUACUCAAUCUACAUACAAAGAGUCUGUCUGCAUUGUACCAUUUCUGUGUUUAAUAUCAGUUGUUGUAUUUAUAAAUACAACAUAUUGAAUAAAAUAUUUAUAUGAAGGCAUAUUCAAAAACAUCAGACAACUUUAUGUAACAAAAUGGCAUUGCAUCACAAAUACAGAGAACUGUCCUGUAAAUAAGUUGGCAAAUUCAAUCCCCCCCUCUACAUACCAAAGAAAAUUUUAGCUCUUUGAUGAUACCUCUCUUGCAAUUUUUCCGGGUGAGACUCCACAUUUUCCCCCCCUCAAAUACUAAGUUUGCUGUUACUAACUGCUGUCUGUCAUCGUUGGUGUUCUGUACAGUAAAUCGGAUGGAAUCCAUUUGUAUUUAGCGACCACCGUGGGUUCUGUACCUCCAUGUACAUAUGUCAGUUUUAUUGUGUCUCUCCGAUAGCAUAUUCCUUUUGCAUGCCUAUCUGGUGUGGGAGGGUUAUUCCUACCGAUUUGAUGGCGUCACCCAUUCCUCAACGAUGCUCUGGAAUGUGAAUUGUUUGGACAUGUCAAGCGACACCAUAUUUAUUUUCUUAUAAGUUUUUCUUCUAAAAUAUUUUGCUACAACUUCACUUACGGAAAUUAUAGAAGAGAUGCAAAUGGUCCAGUCUAUAUAAAGAGUACAAUGGAACGAAGUGUCAUUUCAUUGCAAAUCUUAGAGAAUUUCGAGAUUCUUGAUCUAAAUGUUAGCUUGCCCUGAGUGUUAUGGGGACUGGCUUCAAGAGCUCUAGGAUGAACCCCCAAGACUCCUGCUGCAGUCCUUCUAAUUGUUUGCCUCUUGGAGAGUAAGAAGAGUUUAUCACACCUGGCCAGUUGCCUAAGGAAUGCCUAGCACGCUAAGACAGAUGUUUUCAAGAUGACCAAUAACAGAGUUGGUUCUUUCUUAAAAAGCAAAACAAAACUUCUUGCUUUUUAAGUUAGACGCAUAUCACUUCAUUUAAAGUUUUCUCCCUAAUAUUAGAGGGAGAAUUAACAUUUGAAGCAGAGAGUUCCUUUGGGGGCUCAAUGGGUUAAGGAUUUGGCAUUGCCACUGCCCUGGUGCAG